AUCUCUUCUGCAACAAUCUGAAGGUAGAAGAAGACAAGAACGCUUCUACACAAACUCACCCCCUCAGUCUCUCAUAUUGUAAUUCCAUAACAAAUCAAUGUCUACGCUAGAAAUCGAAGCUCGAGAUGUGAUUAAAACUGUUCUUCAAUUCUGCAAAGAAAAUUCGUUGCAUCAAACAUUUCAGACACUGCAGAAUGAGUGCCAAGUUUCUCUAAAUACUGUUGACAGCAUUGAAACAUUUGUUGCUGAUAUUAAUAGUGGAAGAUGGGAUGCAAUUUUGCCUCAAGUUUCUCAACUUAAACUUCCAAGGAAUAAAUUGGAGGAUUUGUAUGAACAGAUUGUAUUAGAAAUGAUUGAACUUAGAGAACUGGAUACUGCACGCUCUAUUUUAAGGCAAACACAGGUGAUGGGUGUCAUGAAACAAGAGCAACCUGAAAGAUAUUUGCGUCUUGAGCAUCUUCUAGUUAGAACGUAUUUUGACCCAAAUGAGGCUUAUCAAGAUUCAACAAAAGACAAGCGACGUGCACAAAUAGCCCAAGCUCUUGCAGAAGAAGUGACUGUAGUACCACCUUCGCGAUUAAUGGCUUUAAUUGGCCAGGCUUUGAAGUGGCAGCAGCAUCAAGGUUUACUUCCUCCAGGAACGCAGUUUGAUUUGUUUCGUGGAACAGCUGCUAUGAAACAAGAUGUGGAUGACAUGUAUCCAACAACUCUUUCUCACACUAUAAAGUUUGGGGCAAAAAGUCAUGCAGAAUGUGCUCGAUUUUCACCAGAUGGGCAAUUUCUUGUAUCAUGUUCGGUUGAUGGGUUUAUUGAGGUCUGGGAUUACAUAAGUGGAAAACUGAAGAAAGAUCUCCAGUACCAGGCAGAUGAAGUAUUCAUGAUGCAUGAUGAUGCUGUGCUCUGUGUAGAUUUUAGCAGGGAUUCAGAGAUGAUUGCGUCUGGGUCACAAGACGGAAAGAUUAAAGUGUGGCGUAUUAGGACUGGUCAAUGCUUGCGGCGUCUUGAGCGUGCUCAUUCCCAAGGUGUCACAAGUCUUUCCUUCUCUCGUGAUGGAAGCCAGUUAUUAAGUACUUCAUUUGACAGUACUGCAAGAAUCCAUGGCCUCAAAUCUGGAAAGAUGUUGAAAGAGUUUCGUGGCCAUACAUCUUAUGUGAACGAUGCAACUUUCACCAACGAUGGGAGUCGUGUUAUUACUGCAUCCAGUGAUUGUACAGUCAAGGUCUGGGAUUUGAAGACUACAGACUGCAUACAGACAUUUAAGCCACCUCCUCCUUUAAGGGGUGGAGAUGCUUCUGUUAACUCUGUUUACAUUUUCCCCAAGAAUACUGAUCACAUUGUUGUUUGUAACAAAACCUCAUCAAUAUACAUCAUGACACUUCAAGGACAGGUUGUAAAGAGUUUCUCAUCUGGUAAAAGAGAGGGCGGAGAUUUUGUUGCAGCCUGUGUUUCACCUAAGGGGGAAUGGAUUUACUGUGUUGGUGAAGACAGGUAUCCUAAUUUAAUGUGCAACUUGAAACUGUUCUUUCAUGCAAUCCGGUAGUCAAAGAUGUUAAGUGCAUUGUAAAAACUGUCUUAUUACAGACUGUACAACAACAAUAACCAAGUCUUUUCCUACUAGUCAGGUUUGGUUACGUGGAUAAAAUUCUUUCAUUAUUCAAGUCUAAUAAUGGAUUAUUUGAAUAUGAGCCGUUCUGAAUAGUUUAUUAAAAUUUACAACUUGUAUGAUCUUUGCAUCCACCGUACUUAAAUCCUAUGGUUGAGAUAUCUCUAUUAUUCUCUAUGGACCAAAUGCUUAAACUGUGGUAGAACUUGUAGUAUGAUUUAUUCUCCUCGAUUUUCACCUUUAAUUUAAGGUAAAAUUAUUGUUCCUCCUGCUA